AGUUUGGAAGUUUUUUGGUAAUAUCUUUGCAAAUUUACAUGCAUUUUAUCUCUUGAAUUCUUGUUCGUGUACAAAUUGAAUUGGUACGCACAUUUUUACUGUUAAAAUGAAUCGAUGCGUAAUACCUGCUAUUAGUGAAGAUGUCCAAGGUGAUGACAGAUGGAUGAGCCAGCAUAACCAACAUUUAGCUGACACUAAAGAUAGAGAACCAGAUGUAUUGUGGAUUGGAGAUUCCAUUAUCAGCCAUUUGAAGCAGAGACCAAUGUGGAAUGAUCUGUUUGAACCGCUUCAUUCUCUGAACUUCGGUUUAUCUGGUGACACCACACAGAAUGUUCUCUGGAGGAUACACAAUGGUGCCUUGGACAAUAUAAAGCCAAAGGUAGUAGUUGUACAUGUAGGAACAAACAAUUUUGGAGACUCACCCGAUGAUAUUUCUGAUGGAAUUGUGGAAAUUGUCAAUGUUAUACGUGAACGACAUCCAGAAACAUACAUUAUUUUUGUUGAACUGUUUCCACGAGGUCAGCACCCAAACCCCCUGCGUGAACGGAAUGCAUCAGUGAAUGAGUUGGUGAGGAGGAAGCUGCAGGGCCGAAGUCGCGUGCAGACGGUGAGCUGUGAGAAGGGGCUGGUCGGUGCUGACGGCACUAUUAGCCAUCACGAUAUGCCAGACUAUCUACACUUUUCAGAUGCCGGGUACCGGAAGGCGCUGGAACCUCUACACGACUUGCUGUUACAGCUAUUGACGGAGGGUGAGGAAGAACGGGACCUCACGCCAUCUGAGUGAAGUGUCCUGAUGCGUCAUGUCACAUCACGUCGUGUCACGCAUUCGCAAGCUCUGAUCUGGGGGUCGGUUGAUCUCGGCUGUGCCGUUAUUAUCUACAAGAUUGAUGCUUUAUCUAGGAUAAUAUUUUUACCACUUAUUGUUGCGCUGCCAACCGGACUGAGUACUUUGUCAAUUGAGAUAUGUAAUUAUAUUCAGAAUGGGAAUUUAAUGUGUAAAUCAUGAAAAAUGCAGUUUGUACAAUCGUUUUAAUGCUCACCAGUAAUUGGUGAUUGGGAUAAAAAAUUCUUCAUGUACAAAUCUUGCUUUCUGAUGAUAUAAAUGUACUGCCUAUUUUUUGUGAUAUAACUAUGAGAUUAUUAAGCCACACAGUUAGCCAGUAAACAGAAUGUAUUGGAGAAGGAUCGUAAACGUUUUGACUAAGUUUUGAAAGAAAUGUCAAGAUCAUAUUGUGUAAAAAAAAUAAUUCACAAGUUUAUUUUUCUUUGUACUAAUAAAAGAUGGAAUUCUAUUUUUAAAACAUAGUGAGAGUUGUAAACAAUUUCUAUAUCAGAUAAUAGAUAAAAAUUGCUCAAUUAUCAUAAUCCAUAAGUUUAUAAUAAUUCUCAAUUUUGUAUGUAUUUUUAAUUUUAAAUAUUGGUGGGGUUUCUGUUAUUUUUCUAAAUAGUUAUGUCUUGUUAGUAAAAUUGUUUGUAUACAUUUUAAAUUUUAAGGCAAUGUGGGAUUUGUAUUCUACUCAUUAUGAAGUUUGUAAAGUAAAUUGUAAUUUCACUUGCCUAGGUAUAGUUUAUUUGCUCUCUGUUGUGUUUGAAGUGGCCAGCAUUGCACCGGUCAGAGCUUGGUGAAUGUGUAGUUAGGCAUUGCUUGGCUUAGGUUGCGUGGUCACUGCCACGUGUGCGAUUAUUGUGCAUACUUUACAGGGAUAUUCUCAAGUGAACAGCAUCACCAAAGUACGGUUCAGUAGUCCUGCUGUAGUUACAGUAGACAAGCGUUUUCACAGUGAUAUAUUUGGGCUCCUAUAUUUACUUAUUCAAAGAGUACACUUUUCUCACCGACUAUUUGAGAUGUAAAAUACGAUAGGCUAAGUUAUUUUAUCGCUACGUUGGUCCAAGCAAGGACUGGUUUCUCAAUCAUUAUUUGAUAACAAGCUGAUAGUUUGUCUGUGAUCAGUUAGCCUCUAGAUGAUUUUGUUUUGUUUCAAAUCAUAUCUUGUAAUUGUUGAAAUUCUUCAUUGUAUCUUUUAUAAUAAUUUUUCCUUAAAGUAGAACUUAGCAAAUAACUUAGUUCGGUUAUUGUUCAUUUGUCUCUGAGAGAUUUUAUAUGUUUGUAUUUACUAUUUACUUUGUAAAUUAUAGAAUCUAUUUGUUGUCUUUAAA